AUGCUAAAUUUCGCGUACACGAGUUUUUCAAUGGAAGCAUGGAUUUAUCCAUUCAACGUUUCAUCAAAUGCUGACGAUAGUAUUUUUUCGCAAUGUCAAGCCCUUGUGACUGAUCAAUGUCUUCGUUUUGCAUUAGCAUCUGGUUAUCUACGUAUGAGAUUCUAUAACGAUGGUUCACAAGGUAUCAUACUUUUUCAACCAAAUAGAUGGUAUCAUAUUGCAUGUAUUUAUGAUUAUAAUUUAACAAAUCAAAUUGUCUAUGUUAAUGGUCUUCUUGAUGGUUCUUAUGCACCAUCUGGACCGUAUCAAGGAACAAGCGGUAUAUUUGAAAUAGGUACAGCAACAGUUUCUUAUGGUGUUGCGGCCAAUCCUUUUAACGGUUAUAUGGAUCAAGUAUUAUUCACUCCUAGAGCUAAAAACGCUACUGAAAUUCUGAAUGACGCAACACUUACUGCUUAUUAUUCCUUUGAUAGUGGCUCAUAUUUGGACUCUGGCUCUUUAUGGAUCAAUGGUACAGGCACGAGUGUUACUAGUACUACAGGUCGGGUUAAUCAAGCUCUAUCAUUUGCCACAUCACUUAGCUAUUUUCAAGCCACUGGUUUUACUCUUUUGGGAACAGUCAAUCAAUCAUUUUCAGUAGCAUUAUGGGUAAACCCAACAACAGUAUCUGGAGGUGCUACCAUUGUACAUACUUCAGGAUUAAAAAGCGGUCUUGGAUGGUGUAUUUCAAUGAUUGUAGGUAAUUCGCCUAUUAUAAGCACAUUUUCUCUGGUGAAGGUAGUUGAUAGAUGUGAAUACUAUCCCCAACAUUCGCCUAAAUCAACACUACACAAUAUUUGGAUACUCUGGGGAUUGAGUUCAUCGGGACAAAUCAUUACUCAGGGUUGGAACGGUGUAUUGCUCAGUGUAACAGGACCCCCUGUAUCUGUAAACGUUUGGACCCACGUUGUCGAAACAUACAGUUUUACAAAUGGUGUUCGAAUGUAUAUAAAUGGUGUACUGUAUAGUUCAACAGGUUCGUUUAGUUAUACUGCAAGUGGCGUACCGAAUACAAUCACUUUAGGAAAUCCACUAAAUGGAACAGGUUGUGCAUCAUCACCAAUCGUGCCUGGACAAUAUUAUGGUGCCAUAGAUGAAUUUCGGGUAUAUUCCAGAGAGUUAAACUCGACAGAUGCUUAUUCACUUGCUCAUCCGUAG